CUACGCUAGUCAAUGGACAUUCUCCUAAAUUUUUGUCUCUGUUUUUUUAGAUUGUAAAUUAUAAAGUAAUUUCUCCAACUUUCUGGAAAAAUCCAUCCAGCAAAAGAAAAGAAUAAUUGGUUUUAUUGAUCAAAGAUCUUCAGUUUUCAAAAUUAAGCACUAAUUAUGGGGUUUUGUUUAUUAAUGUCCUAAAAAAGAGUUACACAUAGAGAGACAUUAAUGCUUGCAGUUUAGUUUAAAGAGUUUUAAGACCAUAUCUCACUCAAUCCUUAUUUCCUUACAUUUGUCGUCUUUUGAUGUCAUAGACUCAGAGAUAUUUAUUUAUCUUCUUUCUCUCUCAUUUCUCAUUCUCAUAUUUACUUUUGAUCUCGUGGUGUUAGAAUCAAAGAAACCGCUUCAAGGAUGGUGAGUGAAGGAGCAACAAGAAAAGAACUUAACCUCUGUUUCGAGAAUAUGAAGAUGGAAGGAGUUUUGAUCUCUGAGUGGAAAGAUAUCCCUGUGGAGCUUCUCAUGAAGAUUUUAAACCUUGUUGAUGAUCGGACUGUGAUCAUUGCUUCUUGUAUUUGUAGUGGCUGGAGAGAUGCUGUUUCCCUUGGCCUCACUCGCCUCUCCCUCUCUUGGUGCAAGAAGAAUAUGAACAGUUUGGUUCUAUCUCUUGCUCCCAAAUUCGUAAAGCUUCAGACUUUAGUACUGCGACAGGACAAACCGCAGCUUGAGGACAACGCGGUGGAAGCCAUAGCAAAUCACUGUCAUGAGCUACAAGAUUUGGACUUAAGCAAAAGCUCGAAAAUCACUGACCAUUCCCUAUAUUCACUUGCUCGUGGUUGUACUAACCUGACUAAACUCAACCUUAGCGGCUGCACUUCGUUCAGCGACACUGCUCUUGCGCAUUUGACAAGAUUUUGCAGGAAGCUCAAAAUUCUGAAUCUUUGUGGUUGUGUUGAAGCUGUAUCUGACAAUACAUUGCAGGCUAUUGGAGAAAACUGCAAUCAGUUGCAGUCACUAAACUUGGGAUGGUGUGAGAAUAUAAGUGAUGAUGGAGUUAUGAGUUUAGCUUAUGGUUGUCCUGAUUUAAGAACUCUUGAUCUUUGUAGCUGUGUUCUAAUCACAGGUAAAACCGAGAAACCCGAACCAGAGUUUCUUUGUCAUCUCUUAAACAUUUCUUGUUGUUACAGAUGAGAGUGUUGUGGCUUUGGCGAAUCGGUGCAUUCACUUGAGGUCAUUGGGGUUAUACUACUGCAGAAACAUUACAGACAGAGCAAUGUACUCUUUAGCUCAGAGCGGAGUCAAGAACAAACACGAGAUGUGGCGAGCGGUAAAGAAAGGAAAAUUCGAUGAAGAAGGACUAAGAAGCCUUAACAUUAGUCAAUGCACUUACCUAACACCUUCAGCUGUUCAAGCUGUCUGUGAUACAUUCCCUGCUCUCCACACUUGUUCAGGCAGACAUUCACUUGUCAUGAGCGGUUGUUUGAAUCUACAAUCUGUUCAUUGUGCUUGUAUCCUUCAAGCUCACCGCACUCACACCGUUUACCCUCACCCGGCGCAUUGAAACGGUGUGUGAGCCAGAGGGUCUACUACUCUCUAGUAUGUGUGUACAUACAUAUAACCAUAUGGUGUUAAUAAAGCUUCUUUGAGUUCCUUCUUUGUCUUUGAUGCAAUCUUAAGAUUUUAACAUUACCUAGUCUUGAAAAUCUUGUAAUGAAUCGCGAAAUACUUAUUUCUUCUAACAAUUUGUUUAAGUUGCAUCCAUCAAUCAAUAAUCAUAUCAUUAAAGAAUGAAUAACACA